CUUCUUCAUUUACCAGAUUAUGCCAAUAUCCACAGCCAAGGCCAUACAAUACACAGCUCCCAUCUUCGCCGCUUUCCUUGGGUGGCUUCUGCUCAAGGAAUCUUGCUCGUUCGUCGACACCUUUCUGUCAUUCGUAUCCUUCGGCGGGGUCAUUCUUGUAGUUCAGCCUCCAUUCGUCUUUCAAAACGUAGAAGGGGUGGAACCCAUCCCAGACUCGACUAUCCUCGGCUCAAUCUUGUGUUUAGUCAAUGCAUGCCUUGUGGGACUUACUUUCGUCAUCCUCCGUAAACUCAGCAUUUACGGAAUACCGCCUGUAACCGUUCUAAUCGUCUACUCCAUCGUAGGGAUGAUCUUCUCAGGAGCGUUGACAACCAUCUUUGGGCAGUGGACAAUACCUCAAUGCGGGUUAGACCGUUUUACGUUAAUCGGUAAUGGCAUCCUCCUCUUGAGUGUCCAAUUUAUGGAGUACAUAGCCCUAAAAACAGAACGAGCCUCAACGGUAGGGUUGAUCCGUUCCAGCGAUAUCAUCUUCUCGUUCAUCCUGGAAUUCUUGAUCUUUGACAUCCGUCCCAAUGCCCUGACCAUAGUUGGCGCUUUCGUGAUCAUGGCUAGCCUUGUAGGACUCACUGUGAAAAAGGGACGUAAUAAAGAACCCAUUUCAGAAGAUGAUGAUCCUUGAAUUUCUUUUAUACUUGUCCUCAUAAGUUUCACGUUUGUAACAUAACAUGGCUAACAUAUUCUUGAUAACAAAAUAAAAAUAUCGUGGAAAUUUGAACAAAUACAAC